AAUAAAGGCGAACGGACCCGGAUUCUCUAAUUGACCCUUGACCUUUAUAAAACGAAAGUUAAAAACUGGAAAUGUUUAAUAUAAGUUUAAGUGUCUUCAUCAAGGAUACACGAUUCACAUUUAAAUGACUUAUUUAGUUACGAUUUACAGUUACUCUCUGAGAUAAGAACUGUACAGUCAAAACCUUAUAGCAGAUAUUUUCGACCAAAACAAACACUGACAGCACUACUAUCAUUCCAUUGCUGAAGGAAGCACUGAUAACACUAAUGGAGAAGGCACUGGAAGGGUCACAACAGUUAUACCACGAGCGACAGAGAAAGCAGUUGUGUGCACUGCACAUACUAAACAACUUUUUCCAGGCCCCAGUCUUCAAGCAAUCUGAUCUGGAUGAAAUCUGUACAAGAUUGACCCCCCAGAAGUUCUACAACCCUCACCGGGGCAUUCUGGGUCUGGGAAACUAUGACAUAAAUGUGAUCACUGCGGCCCUACAGAGCAAGGAUCUGUGUUUAGUAUGGUUUGAUAAACGAAAGAAUAUUUCUGAUAUAGAAUGGAUCAACGUUCAAGGGGUGAUUUUAAAUAUUCCAUCUGAUUGGAAGUUGGGUUUUAUUAAACUGCCUUUUGGUUUGAAACACUGGAUUCUUCUUCGAGAAAUCAACAAUACAUUCUAUAAUUUGGAUUCUCGACUUUCCAGUCCUGAAUUGAUGGGAACACGGGAUCAAGUCAGUGAAUACAUUAGCAAACUAAUUGCAAAUGAAGAGAAAACUCAGGUCUUGUUUAUUGUGAAACCAAAAGUAGAAGAGACAGGUGCAUGGUAUAAAAGUGGUAGCGGUGGGGACAUAGAUUCCAAUUUGGAUUCAGACGAUUCAUAUAUACAUGGUGGUGUGAACUGCUCUGAAGUGGCAACUUGAUCAGAAUUGGAAUAGAUUUAGAGAGAGACUGCUAAACUACUUUUAAUAAUCUCCAAAAGAACGUCCUGAAUAUAUGUGAGUUUUCUCUAUAAAUUUAGGGGCCCACCUAAUCUAGAUUGCAGGGGCAAACGGAAACUUGGAUUCUGCUUAUUUCCAUCAGUGUGUUGUAUAAGCAGUACUUUGUCUGACAUUUCACAUUCUAAUUUUGAUGUUAUUAUGCUCCCCCCAAAAAAAAUUUGGGGGGAGCAUAUAGUCGCCGCUUCGUCUGUCUGUGUGUCCGUCCGUGCACAAUUUUUGUACGGGCUAUUUCUAAGCAACUAAUGACUCGAAUUCAAUGAAACUUUAUGGGAAGCUUCACUACCAAGAGGAGAUGUGCAUAUUAUUAGCCGGUUUUGGUCGGAUGAUUUUUCACAGAGUUAUGGCCCUUUGAAAUUUUCCAUUAAAUGUACAUAUAGUGCAAUUCUUGUCCAGGCUAUUUCUCAGCAACUAAUGACUGGUAUUCAAUGAAACUUUAUGGGAAGCUUCACUACCAAAAGGAGAUGUACAUAUUAUCAGCCGGUUCUGGUCGGAUGAUUUUUCACAGAGUUAUGGCCCUUUUAAAUUUUCCAUUAACUGUACAUAUAGUGCAAUUCUUGUCCGGGCUAUUUCUCAGCAACGAAUGAUCGGAAUUCAAUGAAAAUUUAUGGGAAGCUUCACUACCAAGAGGAGAUGUGCAUAUUAUCAGCCAGUUCUGGUCGGAUGAUUUUUUCCAGAGUUAUGGCCCUUUGAAAUUUUCCAUUAACUGUACAUAUAGUGCAAUUCUUGUCCGGGCUAUUUCUCAGCAACUAAUGACCGGAAUUCAAUGAAACUUUAUGGGAAGCUUCACUACCAAGAGGAGAUGUGCAUAUUAUCAGCCGGUUCUGGUCGGAUGAUUUUUCACAGAGUUAAGGCCCUUUGAAAUUUUCCAUUGUACAUAAUUAUAGUGCAAUUCUUGUCCAAGCUAUUUCUCAGCAGCUUAUUACGGGAAUUUAAUGAAACUUUAUGGGAAGCUUCACUACCAACAGGAGUUGUGCAUAUUAUCAGCUGGUUAUGGUCGGAUGAUUUUUAUGCUCCCCCAAAAAAUUUGGGGGGGAGCAUAUAGUCGCCGCUUCGUCUGUCCGUCCGUCCGUCGUGCACAAUUUUUGUCCGGGCUAUUUCUCAGCAAUUAAUGACCAGAAUUCAAUUAAACUUUAUGGGAAGCUUCACUACCAAGAGGAGAUGUGCAUAUAAUCAGCCGGUUUAGGUCGGAUGAUUUUUCACAGAGUUAUGGCCCUUUGAAAUUUUCCAUUAACUGUACAUAUAGUGCAAUUCUUGUCUGGGCUAUUUCUCAGCAACUAAUGACCGGAAUUCAAUGAAAAUUUAUGGGAAGCUUCACUACCAAGAGGAGAUGUGCAUAUUAUCAGCCAGUUCUGGUCGGAUGAUUUUUUCCAGAGUUAUGGCUCUUUGAAAUUUUCCAUUAACUGUACAUAUAGUUCAAUUCUUGUCCGGGCUAUUUCUCAGCAACUAAUGACCGGAAUUCAAUGAAACUUUAUGGGAAGCUUCAAUACUAAGAGGAGAUGUGCAUUUUAUCAGCCGGUUCUGGUCGGAUGAUUUUUCACAGAGUUAAGGCCCUUUGAAAUUUUCCAUUGUACAUAAUUAUAGUGCAAUCUUGUCCGAGCUAUUUCUCAGCAACUUAUUACGGGAAUUUAAUGAAACUUUAUGGGAAGCUUCACUACCAACAGGAGAUGUGCAUAUUAUCAGCCGGUUAUGGUCGGAUGAUUUUUAUGCUCCCCCAAAAAAAUUUGGGGGGAGCAUAUAGUCGCCGCUUCGUCUGUCCGUCCCUCCGUCGUGCACAAUUUUUGUCCGGGCUAUUUCUCAGCAAUUAAUGACCGGAAUUCAAUUAAACUUUAUGGGAAGCUACACUACCAAGAGGAAAUGUGCAUAUUAUCAGCCGGUUUUGGUCGGAUGAUUUUUCACAGAGUUAUGGCCCUUUGAAAUUUUCCAUUAACUGUACAUAUAGUGCAAUUCUUGUCUGGGCUAUUUCUCAGCAACUAAUGACCGGAAUUCAAUGAAACUUUAUGGGAAGCUUCACUACCAAGAGGAGAUGUACACAUUAUCAGCCGGUUCUGUUCGGAUGAUUUUUCACAGAGUUAAGGCCCUUUGAAAUUUUCCAUUGUACAUAAUUAUAGUGCAAUCUUGUCCGAGCUAUUUCUCAGCAACUUAUUAUGGGAAUUCAAUGAAACUUUAUGGGAAGCUUCACUACCAAGAGGAGAUGUGCAUAUUAUCAGCCGGUUCUGGUCGGAUGAUUUUUCACAGAGUAAUGGCCCUUUGAAACUUUCUAUAAACUGUACAUAUAGUGCAAUUCUUGUCCGGGCUAUUUCUCCCCAACUACUGACUGGAAUUCAAUGAAGCUUUAUGGGAAGCUUAACUACCUUAAGGAGAUGCGCAUGAUAUUUGUGGGUUCUGGUUAGAUGAUUUAUUUAGAGAGUUAUGGCACUUUGAAAUUUUUAAGUUGCUCAACCAUCCAUCGUUUUUUUUUGUCCAAAGUUAUGUCCCUAAAGACAUUUCCUUUUAUCUGAAUAUAUAGUGCAAUAUUGUGACCAAAAAAAACUUUGGGGAGCAUCACCCGUCUCAUACGAUUUCUUGUUCACAGAGUUAUGGCCCUUUGAAAUUUUUCAUUGUAGAUAUAGUGCAAUUCUUGUCCGAGCUAUUUCUCAGCAACUUAUCACGGGAAUUCAAUGAAACUUUAUGGGAAGCUUCACUACCAACAGAAGAUGUGCAUAUCAUCAGCCGGUUAUGGUCAGAUGAUUUUUCACAGAGUUAUGGCCCUUUGAAAUUUUCUAUAUACUGUACAUAUAGUGCAAUUCUUGUCCAGGCUAUUUCUCCCCAACUACUGACUGGACUUCAAUGAAGCUUUAUGGGAAGCUUAACUACCUUGAGGAGAUGCGCAAGUUAUUAGUGGGUUCUGGUUAGAUGAUUUAUUUAGAGAGUUAUGGCCCUUUGAAAUUUUUUAGUUGCUAAACCAUCCAUCGUAUUAUUUUGUCCAAAGUUAUGCCCCUCAAGACGUUUCCUUUUAUCUGAAUAUAUAGUGCAAUAUUGUGACAAAAAAAAACUUUGGGUAGCAUCACCCGUCUCCGACGGUUUCUUGUUUUGUAUGUCAGGCUGAACUUAUUUCCCAGAAUAUUUGUUCCAUCAUACUUGAUGUCUGUCUGUCUUUCAUGUACUUUCUUUGCACAAAAGAACCUAACACUAAUCAUCCUCUUUUAAUUAAACUACAUGUAUAUACAGUCUCCUUAGAGUGGAAAACAAUGGCAUAUUGUAAAGUUAUUCUACUUAAAUGAAGGGCUAGUGUAUAGGAGUGCUUAUGUCAUGAUCUACUCUUCAUGGGUGAAGUAAUAAAGUGCAUUGAAUUAACUCUUUCAGUGCGGGAACCAAAUUUUGAAGGCCUUUGCAAACAGUUUGGAUCCUGAUGAGACGCCACAGAACGUGGCGUCUCAUCAGGAUCCAAACUGUUUGCUAUUCUGAUAGUAUUCUUUGAAAAAAAUCGAAGAAAAUGCUGAUUCAAGAAAUUCAGCAGACGACAUUUUAGCAGAAGACAAAUUACCCAGCAUGCAAAGGGUUAACAUAUCCUGAAUAGGAACACAAAUGUGUUAAGAAAUCCUAAAAUACAGUUAUGUGCUCCUAGACAUUGUCUGUCAUGAUUGCACGUUACAUUAUCAACAACAAAAUGUAAUGUAUGGUAUACUCCCUCUGAAUAAAUACAUACAGAUAUA